AUGUCCAUAACCGGCAACAAUACAGUACCCACCGGGCACGACACGGCUCCCGCUAAUCGACCGUUAAAUCAGGCAGAGAAAAACGCGCGAGCUGACUACGCCCUCAUUUGGGUAAUGGUGCCAAUCACGGCAAUAAUUCUCGGUGUCGGUGCUUAUUUCUGGAUCCGAUGGCGCAUCCAUAAGUAUCGCGCCCGGAGGGCCAACAAUGCCAAUAACGACAUUGAGCUUCAGCAGCGUGCCAUCCCGGAGCGUCCGAGUCCGGAGCCUGCGAGUCCCGAGCAUGCUCCUGGACUGUUUUAUCUAAAUCAGGAUCACGCGAGUGGUAUCGAGACGCCACCUCCUACAUACAGCGCCAGCUCAAUUAGAGACUACGCCAAGGGAGUUUUGAAACCAGGUAAAGUCUAA